GCUGGUGGGAAUUACUUCCAGACUGAAAUGCAGUCCUUCAGUUUCACCAAGUCUGCAUACGGACUAGGACCUUGCUUGACUACCAUCAAACAGACCUGCUUUUCAAGUAAAGUGAGGAAAUCUUAGGAGCUGAGUACUUUCGAGGACUGUUUUUCUGACUGUACAGAGGAAAGCUUUCGAUGAUGAAAACAAUGGAGAACGGCCAUCCAAGUGAUAACUGCACAGCAGAGAAUCUGCCACUGUAUAACUUUUACGCCUCUGUGAUGAUCAUGGAAUUCACCCUGGGUCUGCCGCUCAACCUCUCAGUGCUUUAUCUAUUCAUCUUCAAGCUGAAGUUCUGGAAAUCUAAAACCAACAACAUUUUCCUGUUCAAUCUCGUCUUGGCUGACGUUCUUCUGCUUAUAUGUUUGCCAGUAAAGGCAUAUCAUUUUCUUAAUGGGAAUCGGCGGAGUACAGAGGGAGCGACCUGCAAAGCCAUGCUCUUCAUGCUGUUUCUGAACCGAGGUGCCAGUAUCGCCUUCCUGACUGUGAUUUCAGUUGAUCGCUAUUUCAAUGUGGUUCAUCCUGGGAAAAAGAACUUUGCCAAGGCUUUUAAAAGGUCUCCUCAUAUCUCUUUCCUCAUCUGGCUACUGCUGCUCCCCCUGACUAUCCCCACCAUGCUGAAGUCCUUUGAGUGCUGUAAUAGUUAUGGGCGUGAAGAUGACACUCUAGUCGAGGAUGUCACUGACACUCUGAGAGAGGUUGUGUUUUUCACCCAGAUUCUCAUCCCUUUCUUUGUGUUGGUCUACUGCACGGUCUGCAUUGUUAACAGACUAAAAAAGAAGACCGUAGGGGAUAGUACCAAGCUGCGUCGAGCAGUGUUUCUGGUCACCUCAGUAAUGUUGGUCUUUUCUUUCUGUUUCCUGCCUUGUACCAUAGCUAGAAUGGUUCUGUUGAUUGUGAGAGUUGAGAAUUUACCCGGAGCAGAAGCUAUAGUUGUUCAAGUGUUUGACGGUCUCAUGGUUUUGUCCUACAUGGAUUGUUUAGUGGACCCAAUUGUGUACUGCUUAAGCAGCACUAAGUUCAAAAGCCUCUACCUGACAACAUAUUGCCGCUGUCUACUGAGCGAAAAUGUAGAAAUAACUGAGAGCACAAUCUCAAAAGGAAACAACUCAAGCCCAAAACGCAACAACAAUAUAUUGUUGCAUAGUAUGUAAAAAGAGGACAUGAAAAUGACUGUUUUAUUACUGACUUCAUGACUGUUCUCAUGGUAAGACACUCAUGUUAGUUUGCCAAACCAGACGUGUUUAUGUUACCAUCAGCAUGUUAAACAGCUCAUAAUGACUGUGUUGUUACUAAUUGUCUGGGUCUAAUAACAAAGAUGUGUCGUUGCUGUUGUUUUUAUAGCUGUCUCUCUGGCCAUUCGUCCAUUUAUCUUAUUAUGUCAGGGGUUGAAUACUUAUUGACUCAAGACAUUUCAGGUUAACACUUUAAUUGACACCCAGCGUCAUAACACAUAAUGGCACAGUCUUAACCAUGUCAUAAACUGUCCUAAUAGGUUCAUAACACUGUCAUGACCAAUAUAUUUACACCUGUUGUCACAUAUAUUGCGUUAUUUUAUGGCUGGUUAUGAAACCUAUAUGAGGGUGUCAAAAUGCACAAAACCUACCACGGUAAAA